AUGUACGAUAAAAUAGAUUCAUCUGAACAUCAAAACCGUGCUUUGCACCCUGUUUUUGUGGCAAUUGUAGGAAAUGUUAAACAAUUGGAAGACGACGUGAUAGAAUUAAAAGAAAGAGAUGUUAGACUAGCAAAGGAAAACGAAGUUUUGAGAAAACAGAAUGCUGUCAUUAUGGACCAGUUAUCUCUAGUGAUGACCGAUAUAAGAACAUUAAAACAAGAACAUGAGAAUCUGAAGAGAGAAAUGCGUACUUUUAAAAAGACGUCCAUUUUCAAUAAAUCGAAUGGAAAUAUGAGCCUCCCAUCCGGUGCCUUUGAUAAACGUCAGCUUACAGAAACACCAGUCCAUAGAGUUGCCUUUCUUGCAGCCCUGACACAUGAAGUUAGUUUAGGAUACCACCAGCAAGUAGAGUUUGAUAAAAUCAUCACGAACGAAGGACGGGCAUAUUCUUCCAGUGACGGUCAUUUCAUAGCGCCUUAUAGAGGUCUUUAUCUGCUGUCAACUACUCUGUUUAACACGGAAGGUCACACGCUACCAAUGGAAAUUGUUAGAAACGGAAUUCAGCUUGCUGCCAUGUUUUUAGAUGAUGAUGAUUACAAUAUGGCCAGUCAAACAAUUCUUGUCGUUUUACAGCAAGGUGACAGGUUGUGGGUUCGAAGAUUCCGAGAUUCUGGAUCCGCUAAUCUUGACGCGACACCUACUCAGCUAUAUAACACGUUUUCCGGAGUGCUGCUUUAUGAAAUGUAACACAGAAUAC